GUUUACAUUUGGGAAGUGGAUGAUGUGGCGCAAACUCGGCGGAAGUGCCACUUCCUCUACACGUGUGCGCAAGUACCCUCUUGCUUUCCCCCACUCGUGUCAACCCCUACGCGUCCUUCAAAGCAACCACCAAGAGCGAGCGAGCGAGCAAGCAAGCGAGCGAGAGAGAGGGAGGGGUGAAAGUGGGAGCUUGAGCUGUGGAGCACGGGCGGAGAGAGAGGAAUUAGGGUUUCAAUUCGGCUUCUUUUGGGGUUUUUGGCUCUCGUUACUUCGUAAUCGCUGUGGUUUUUUUGGAUGAGAUUGUGGUGCUUUGGUGUAAGGGGAGAUGUGUGUCAUCUUCGCUCGCAGAUCGUUCAAGGACUCCCUUAAAGUCCUCGAGGCUGAUAUCCAGCACGCUAAUACACUAGCAUCAGAUUUCCCAAGGGAGUAUGAUGGUGCUUGCCUUCAAAUGCGAAUGUCAUACAGUCCUGCUGCACACUUUUUUCUUUUUCUAGUGCAGUGGACAGAUUGCAACCUUGCAGGGGCACUUGGAUUGCUUAGAAUUCUGAUAUACAAGGUAUAUAUUGAUGGAACGACAACCAUGUCUACUCAUGAAAGAAAAGCAAGUAUCAGAGAAUUUUAUGCUGUGAUUUUCCCCUCAUUGAUGCAACUACAAAAGGGGAUCACUGAUAAUGAAGAUUACAAGCAAAAGGUGGUAUGCAUGGAAAGAUAUAGGAGAAGAGAUGAUGAUGGCAGGAAGCAUUUUUCUGAGAUAGAUGUUGAGAGAGAGGAAGAAUGUGGGAUAUGCAUGGAAAUUAACAGCAAGAUUGUGUUACCAAACUGCAACCAUGCUAUGUGCAUCAAAUGCUAUCAUGAAUGGAACACAAGAUCGCAAUCGUGCCCAUUCUGUCGUGAUAGCUUGAAGAGAGUGAACUCAGCUGAUCUUUGGGUUUAUACCGACAGCAAAGAUAUAGUCGACACAACCACCAUCACAAGAGAGAAUGUGAAGCGAAUCUUCAUUUAUGUAGAUAAGUUGCCACUUAUCACUCCUGAGGACUUCAUUCAUGCUUAUGAUUGCCAUGUCAAAUAAAGUCGAACUUAUGAUAAAUUAUGUUAAUACCUCCUGUUAGUUCCUGCUUGAUCUUCUCAAUAAAUUCAUGAAGAGUUGAUUCUGACUUUGCGCAUUCAGAUGACAGUUCAAGCUUGGAGCAGAUAUGGAACUCGAUAAAACAUAGCCGGAGGGUUAUGCGAACAAUGAACCAUGUCUAGAAGAUCAUUGUAAAUGCCUGUACAGUUGGUUUCUGUAAGUUAUUAACUCGAGCACAUUGUCUAUCUUGUGUUCUACUUUUAAUAUAUAUAUAAUUGAAAGUAUAUAGUCCCAAGCUUAUGGCCAA